AAGUCAAAUAGUAUUGGUGGUGACCGGCACUUUUCAAUCUUCGUUUUAAGUACCGAAACUCCGAGACACAGCAAGAUGGCGUCAAACGCAGCGGUGCCGUUUUGGAGAGCAGCAGGGAUGACAUACAUUACAUACUCUAAUAUCUGUGCGAAUCUGGUGAGGAACUGCCUCAAGGAACCCCAUAAGACUGAAGCCAUUAAUCGCGAGAAGGUUCACUUUUCAAUCUCUAAGUGGGAAGGUGGAAAACCCCAGAGGCCUACUAUUCGAUGAUUCACCUGAAGCAUGAGUUGGGAUGGAGAAUUG